UGUUUCUCAGUGUGAAGCAGAAGCCUGCAGGACGGCACUAGAGGACAGUACACAUUCCAGGGAGAGGAGCAGUCGGGUUUGCCAACCAGUCUGAGAGAGGAGCAAGGCAUCCUCACAGCAGCUUUUACCAUGGUACCAAGAGAGCAUGCAGGCACCAGGAUGGGUCUGCUGCAACAGAGGUACACCAAGAACCUGCUCCACGUGCUGAUUUUACUGGAGGCUGUUGGGACUUUGGCCUUGAUGUCCUAUGCACUGCUGUAUGAAGCCGGAAACCUGGUGAACCUCCCUGACAAAUGCAUUGGCUUUUACAACUUCUGCCUGUGGAAUGAUACAGCUGGGGAGCUGCAGUGCCUGGACGCCAAGCACCUACAGGCAAUGGGCAUCAGUCUACUACAACUGGGACUAGCCAGGGUUUGUGUGUAUACCUGCCUGGUCUUCAUCCUCUUCCACCUCCCUUUUGUUUUAAAUGUGAUUUGCACAGAGCAGAGAGAAGAAUGGAAGAUGAUCCGCACCAUACCCUUCAUCAAUAUGAUAAUGCUGUCUGGAGGCCUGGGUAUGUUUAUUUUACAAACCUCAGAGUGGAUUCAUCCCUCUGAUUUCACUGGAGGCUUCCUGGCACUGCUUGGGACUCAGGCUCUGCUACUGCUCCAGACUCUCACUACCACUGUGUACCUCAGCUGGGCCAACCACAAACACAUAUUCAAAACCAUUUAGCUGAGGAGGCCCUAAGAUUUGACAGUGAAGAAGAUGCAAGAGCUAUUUUAAAAAGUAAUCCAAACAGAGCUUUACUCCUUAGCAAAAAUCUGAUUCCCAGUGCAAAGGCUCAUGUCGAGCCAUACUCUGGCAUGAUGCUGUGCGCAACACUCCUGCAUCAAGCUGGCAGCAGACACCAACAGCCACAGCACAGAAACUUCCCAGGUACAACAGGGUGUAACUCCCCUCAGUUUGGGGCGCAGAUCAAAGUGACAGCACUUCUGGCCUCAAAGAGCAGUGACGGUAGCAGAACUAGCAUGCAGUGGACACAGCCCUCUGCUCAUACAUAGUAUAAGUAAAAAAAGUUGCUAGUAUCUCAUAGUAUGUGAUUAAAUCUGUAAUUAACUAAAAAAAUGCUUUUAAUACCGUGCCCUACCAUAUAACAAAGAUAAAGGGAGUUUAAAAACAGGAUCUGUAGAUAAUGUUUAACUAGGAACUAACAAAUGUUAAGGAAAAUGUAACCAAAGGUAAUUUCUUUGUAAGAAGACUAGAUAUAUAUCAUUUUAAAUAACUAAGCAGCCAAUCAACAACCAGCCUUCAAGGCUGUGAAGAAAGCCAUUUAUGACAAUACAGAAAUAACACAGAAAGAACCAGUUUUGGAGUUUGAAAACAAGAUACCAGACUGAGCAUGCACCAACUAAGAAUGUGCAAUAAAAGGACAAGUGAUGAGCGAUUAAAUGACCACCAAAACCCUUACAGGGGGCUGUAAUAACCCCUAAAGGACAUUAGAUGGCAGAAAAGACUGAAAUAUUAAACUAUGGUUCAUAUAAUUUUUCAAAAUGGGCGUUUUAUGUUAUUGAUUUUUUCUGUGCAAUGAAUAUGUAACAGCCAUGUAAGUAUAAGCUGCAUUAAUUCAUCCAGUGCCUGGGAGAACUUGCAUAAAUAAAGAAUGCCUGCUUAACAGUGAUA